AUGGCAGACGGUAAGUCACCACGGCUGACAAAAGCCGAAAUUGUGCGUCCCGAGGUACUCGCGCGCGGCGCGAAGAAAAGUAUGAAGCUGACUGAAGUUUAUCUUGCGCCGCGACUAGCGAAGAACAUUGUCUCGUACGGGAAGCGGGAGUGCAAAUGGUUUGCUCUCGUGUACGACGGUGGCAAACGCGCACUAGCGCGGCCCAGCGACCGUGCAGUCGCGUUUGACGUCGCGAUCGACAGCAUUGUGCUAUACUUUGAGACGACAGCGACACGUGGGAGGCACGGCGCUGAAGAUGCGAUCAUGACCGCGCUCGAAGCAAUUGCGACAAACGUAGAUGCCUGCGGUACGCACGAAGCCUCGCUGCAGCACUGGAAUCAGCGACUUGGCCACCUCGCGUUCGAUACAAUCGUGCGCAUGUCGCGCGAUCCAGCGACGGUAGUCUGA